AAUACGGUGCAAAGUUGGUGUGAGAUCAGUAAGAAAGCUACGGCAAGACAGUGAUCAUGGCUGUUGGGAGCAUAGUAAUUUCGUUGUGGUGUAUGUUACACGUUGUCGCGGCGCAAGAUGGUUAUAGGCCUAUCAGCGAAGACUCCGAAGGAAGCUACGCUAUAUUCGAAACAAACACCAGUCCUGGCUAUAGCUACAAUUACUACCCACAAAAAUUAUCCCAGAGUGGUAGGUUAGUAUUUGAGGUGAAGGCAGAAUCUGGCGUACACGUAACACUCAGCCCAACAGGGAGUGAUGCUUCAUAUCAGUACGAAAUUGUUAUCGAUUCACAAAAGAUUGUUUUUCGAAGAUGCAUCGACUUCUGUUUCAUAACUGUUGCUGUGGUAUCGCCCAUAAUAUCAGACACAGAAUUUACAAGAUUUUACAUCAGCUACAACGAGAACGGAAAAAUUCAGGUUGGAGUUGAUUCUCAAGAUCCGUUAAUUGACUGGACAGACCCGCAGCCGAUCACCGUCAAUUAUUUCGGGUGGUAUACUGGGCCAUAUUCAAGCGGAAUGUGGAGGUUUUUCGUCAUCCCAACUUUAGACGAUCCUUGCACUAAAGAACCUUGCCAAAAUGGUGGUCAGUGCUAUCGUAUUGGGUAUGGAGACUACGAGUGCAAAUGCUCUGCUUGCUAUGGAGGAAAAACUUGUUCAGAUUUACUUGACCCCUGCUCAACCGGAUCUUGUAGGAAUGGUGGAACAUGUGUGUCUAGCCAGGAUUGUCAAUCAUUCACUUGUUCGUGUACACAAGGUUUUGUUGGAAGAUUCUGCGAAACAGAUAAUGAGAAACCCAACAUCCAACAACCUGAUAACAUCAUUGUAAGUACGGAUCCAGAUUCACCAACUGCUGUAGUAACAUUCCCAAAUCCAGAAGCUACAGACAAUUCCGGUAAAGAACCGACAGUUGUAUGUGAACCAAAAUCUGGAACUGCUUUCCCGAUCGGCCAGACUACAGUUGAGUGCAAAGCAACAGACGACAGUGGAAAUACAGACUCGGUUACGUUUACUGUAACUGUUGAAGAUAAUGAAAAACCACAGAUAGAUCCAAUAUCUGACAUACUUCAAAAUACUGAUCCAGGGAGAAACACAGCAAUCGUGACCUUUCGAACACCAACUGCAACAGACAAUUCCGGUACAAACCCAACUGCAGUAUGUCAACCUCCGUCUGGAUCCUCCUUCCCAAUUGGUAGUACCGAGGUUACAUGUACUGCAACUGAUGAUUCCGGAAAUACAGAGCAGAUCACAUUUACUGUAACCAUUCAAGAUGCUGAAAAACCAAAGAUUACCUGUUCACUUGAUAUAUCAACCACAACCGAUCCUGGUAAAAGUACGGCAAAAGUUUCUUUCGAGCUUCCAACUGCAACUGACAAUGCUGGAAAUGCUGAUAUCAUUAUCACAUGUGACCAUCCGGAAGUAUUAGACUGUGGCAUGGGUGAGACCUUAGUCACGUGCAUUGCAAGAGACAGAAGUGACAACGAAGAAGUUUGUUCGUUUAUGAUCCGAGUUACAGAUGAUGAGGGGCCACAGCUUACCUGUUCUGGUGAUGUUGAAACUAAUACCGAUUUUGGAAGCAGUGUUGCGUCUGUGGAGUUCACGCCAACUGCAACAGACAAUUCGAAAAAAGACGUGCAAAUUGAUUGCACAUACGAGUCACCAAUGAAAGUAAAGAUUGGUUCCACAUCGGUCACUUGCACAGCUACAGAUACCAGUGACAAUUCGGAAGUCUGUACAUUUGUCAUCAACGUAAAGGAUAAUGAGAAACCCAACAUUCAAAAACCAGAUAACAUCAUUGUAAGUACGGAUCCAGAUUCACCAACUGCUGUAGUAACAUUCCCAAAUCCAGAAGCUACCGACAAUUCCGGUAAAGAACCGACAGUUGUAUGUGAACCAAAAUCUGGAACUGCUUUCCCGAUUGGCCAGACUACAGUUGAGUGCAAAGCAACCGACGACAGUGGAAAUACAGACUCGGUUACAUUUACUGUAACCGUUGUAGAUAAUCAGAAACCCAACAUCCAACAGCCUGAUAACAUCAUUGUAGGCACGGACCCAAAUUCACCAACUGCUAUAGUAACAUUCCCAAAUCCAGAAGCUACCGACAAUUCCGGUAAAGAACCAACAAUUGUAUGUGAACCAAAGUCAGAAACUGCUUUCCCAAUCGGUCAGACUACAGUUGAGUGCAAAGCAACCGACGACAGUGGAAAUACAGACUCGGUUACAUUUACUGUAACCGUUGUAGAUAAUGAGAAACCCAAUAUCCAACAACCUGAUAACAUCAUUGUAAACACGGACCCAGAUUUACCAACUGCUCUAGUAACAUUCCCAAAUCCAGAAGCUACCGACAAUUCCGGUAAAGAACCGACAAUUGUAUGUGAACCAAAGUCAGAAACUGCUUUUCCAAUCGGCCAGAAUACAGUUGAGUGUAAAGCUACUGACGACAGUGGAAAUACAGACUCGGUUACAUUUAGUGUAACCGUUGUAGAUAAUCAGAAACCCAAUAUCCAACAACCUGAUAACAUCAUUGUAAGCACGGACCCAGAUUUACCAACUGCUCUAGUAACAUUCCCAAAUCCAGAAGCUACCGACAAUUCCGGUAAAGAACCGACAAUUGUAUGUGAACCAAAGUCAGAAACUGCUUUUCCAAUCGGCCAGAAUACAGUUGAGUGCAAAGCAACCGACGACAGUGGAAAUACAGACUCGGUUACAUUUACUGUAACCGUUGUAGAUAAUCAGAAACCCAACAUCCAACAGCCUGAUAACAUCAUUGUAGGCACGGAUCCAAAUUCACCAACUGCUAUAGUAACAUUUCCAAAUCCAGAAGCUACCGACAAUUCCGGUAAAGAACCAACAAUUGUAUGUGAACCAAAGUCAGAAACUGCUUUCCCAAUCGGUCAGACUACAGUUGCGUGCAGAGCAACCGACGACAAUGGAAAUACAGACUCGGUUAUAUUUACUGUAACUGUUGUAGAUAAUGAAGAUCCAGUGCUGUCAAAUUGUCAGUCAGACAUUACCGUUAAAGCACGUGGUUCUAACGAAGCAACGGUUACAUUCACGCUGCCGUCCGUUCAAGACAACUCUGGCAGAAGCAUUGCCAUCAUUUGUAAUUCUGGUGGUUCUUUAGUAACUUCUCCUUCAAUCUUCUCUGUUGGUGUUACCCGUGUUGUGUGUACAGCCACUGAUGUAAGUGGAAACGCCGCAGAAUGCGAAUUCAGUGUAGUCGUUGAACGUGUUUUGGUCGAACUAAAUGUAGACAAGGUUGUCAUUGGAACACCACAAGAUACCGUGCUGUCAGACGGUGGUUCUCGACGCGUCCAAUUGGAUGUAACAUUUACACCAUCUGAAGAUUCUGCUGAUGUUGUCAAUAGUGCUGGUGAUGAUCGCUAUGAUAUCAUUGUCUUCCUAUCGAGGGAUCCUCAGGGAACCAAUCCAACCAGUAGUGCUCUUUCAGAAUUGACAAUCGCACAAAGACGACUUAAUAUUCAAGAUAACGUCCAGCAAACAUUCGAAAACAUCCAGGCUGAAAUUGAUCUGACAAACGUAGAUUGUUUUGAUGACCAACUGCAAUAUAUAUGCAUUGAUCUUGGGCCUUCUACUGAGGGACGUAAAACAUGGGAUCAAGCUAAUUCGGCAAGACGCAUUGCAUGCACGCAAUUUAUAUGUAAAUCAUCCGUUGAUCUGUCACUGAAAUUGAAGAUUGAUUUCCCACGUUCGUCCCACGUGGUUGAAGGAAAAGACAAUUUGUUUUUACUUUGCCUGUAUGUUGUUGCGGGCUCCGGUACAUCACAAGUGGUGAAUUCUUGUAGUGGAGAUGACAGAUAUAAGGUGGUUUCAUUCCUAGCUACAGAUAGUGCAGGAAGUAAUCCCGUAGCUUACACAACUGGCGUAAUACCAACCGACAAGUACACUGUCGAUUUAGAAGAUAAUACUAUGGUUAGAUUUUACGAAAUUGUGUUUAACAUUGAUGCUAAAAAUGUAGCCUGUUCAUCUGGUCUGUCUCAUCUGUGUGUGGUCUUUGGUCCAUCAGAUCAUUGCGCAAACACCUGGUGUGCAUCUCCAGCUUCCAUGAAUCAAGCAUGCGUUCCAAUAGUAUGCACAUCAAUAACUGCCCUCAAUGUUGAUGAAAUCAACAUUGAUAUUCCUACUGAUAGCAUCGUCAUCGACAAACGAACACAGGACAUCCAGUUUGAUUUGACGUUUACUCCAGAGGAUGGCUCUGCUUCAGUAGUCAACCGUGCUGGUGAUGACAGAUACAAAGUGGAGAUCUUUCUUUCUGACAAUCCAGCAGGAUCAAACUCGGCCGCGACUAGUAAUGCUCAGUUGACGUCCAGUCAGAGUGCAUUAGACAUUCGUGACGGAGUCGCUUCGACUUUCAACGAUAUAACCACGUCAUUAGACCUUUCACUUGUGAGCUGCUUUGGUGGGAUGUAUAGGUACUUCUGUGCAACUUUGUCACCAUCAACAACUGGGUCUACAUUUUGGAGGCAAUCUGAUAAUGCCAUAACCACACGUUGUGCUGUGAUUAGUUGUGCAGCAACUGCAAGAAUAGAUGUAGAAGUUGGUGUUGAUGAUCCUAAGAGCCUGGUUAUCUUUGACGGUGGGAGAACUGCUGUCCUUUUGUGUGUCUACCUUUUGCCACAUAGGGGCACUGCAGACAUCAUCAAUUCCCUGGGUGAAUUGGAAAAGUUCCAGGUUACUUCAUGGCUAGCUGAGGACGAGCAAGGAAAUGGAGCGAUUGCAACAGUCACCGCACUUCUUAAUAAAGAAACACAGAUACAGACGAUCAGAGAUGAUGAGCAGUUUGUAUUUUUUGAAGCAUACGUUGAGUAUGAUUUAACGAACAUUGACUGCUCUGGAAAAAGAUACACGUUCGUCUGUACGGAUGUUGGACCGUCUGAUGCUGCACGGCCUUUCUGGGCGCAGUCCCCACAAGCUCAAAGAACGUUCUGCACUAGGUUAUACUGCGUUCCACAAGCAGAGCUAAAUGUGAACGAUCUUCAGUUUACAAGUAACGGUGCCCUACUAGAUGGUGGUGUACGCACCAUUAGUGUCGAUGUUUCAUUCACUCCUUCCUCUGGUACAGCAGCUAAUGUCAAUUCAUCUGGUCCUGAUCGGUACAAUGUUCUAGUGUUCCUCUCCUCUCAAGAAAAUGGUGUAGGUGUAUUUGGCUUAACAAAUGCCGUCCUUUCUGAUGAGGAUAAACGGUUGGAUGUCCAAGAUGGUCAGACGAGUGUGCUAGACGACUUGACUGUAUCGCUUGAUCUCACAAAUGCUGAAUGUUCGAAUAAACACCUUCAGUUUAUUUGCGCCACUCUUUUACCAUCUGAAGCUGCUAAGACAUACUGGGCUCAAUCUAGACAAGCGACAACUACUCAUUGCGUUCCUUUCGAUUGCUAUUCGUGUAAAACUUACAUAUCCGACGGUGGAACCACGUAUGCUUAUAUCAGUGAACAAUUGCAAACGACUACGCUUUCUUUUGAAGUAAAGGCGGAAUCGCAUGCGUUUAUACGUCUUUCACCUGCACCACGUGACGAUUAUAAUGUAUACGACAUUCGAAUCGGGGCCAGUAUUAACAGAAAAAUCUCAAUAUGGCGUGGAGAAAUCAACCAAGCGCAAUCAUCGGAGUAUAACGGAAUUUUAAACAUAAACGAGUUUACAAAGUUCUGGAUAACGUUCAGAAACGGCCUAAUAGCUGUAGGAUAUGGCGGGUCAUCGGAAAGUAUAGUUGAGUGGCAAGAUCCAAAUCCUCUGCCAGUUUCAUACUUAGGGGUACGAACAGCAAGGGGACCGGGAUCUUGGAGAUUUUGCGCAAUAGGCAGUGGUGGAAUACCGGAGUACGUUUCACCAACAGGAGUUACAGCGUGUAAUAACUUCGUUGAGAAAGAGACUGAUGGAGACUGUGACUACCAGUUCACAUUCCCACGUCGACAAACCCCAUUAACAAUUGCAUUCCAGGUACAAGCACGUCAGUCUGCACAGAUAGCCUUGUCGUCAAGUCAGGGAGAAAGCGUUCCCAUGUACGAGAUUGUCAUCGGUGCUUAUUGGAACACUCUAGUGUGCGUUCGCAGAUGCAAGAACUGUGCGGAUGAGGCAUGUGAAUUCAACCCAUGGUUACUGACACCGUUAUCAUUUAAUGCGUUUACAGUGACUGUUGACGCUGGAACAAUUACGGUCAGAAAUAACGGUAAUCUCAUCCUCCAAUGGACCGAUCCUCAGCCGUUCUACCCAAGUUACUUCAGUUAUUGUACCAACGGUUAUAGAAAUACUGGAAUCUGGCGUUUCUGUGAUUCUGAUGAAUACUAAGGAAAACCUCGUACGCAUGAUGUUUUCGAAUUAUUUCUUUUUCAUUUAUUUUAUUUGGCACACAUCACACACAGCUCAGGGACUGUGUCAGCAUCAUUGCGCCAUGACAGUACAAAUGGUGCCACUACAGCUCCCAAAAUACAGUACCAAUAUAUUAGGAUACAUUAUGUCUGGAUUCCAUAAAAUUGCUACACGCUAUCGAAGAAAGGUGUCGGCGAUGCUGAUUGGUUGGUCGAAUCAAGAAGUCUGUUUGAUUCCUUCUUUUACAAAAAGGAUUUUACAAAAUAUAUUCAUGGGUUUACUUUACAGUUUUAAGUGUAGCUACUAGGAUACUAUUGUCUGUUUUUAAAUUAGAUAGUUAACACGGCAUCAUUAAAUAAACACACAUGAGUUUCCGAUAGCAUAUACACUUUGUCAUGAAUUUUUAGAAGGUUUUGAUUCCUUCAUUUACAAAAAGUAUUUUACGAAAUUACAUUCAUAAGCUUAUUUUCCCGUUUUAAGUGUAGCUACUAGGAUACUAUUGUCUGUUUUCAAAUUAGAUAGUUAACCAGGCAUCAUGAAAUGUACACACAUUUUGAUGAUGUCAUCUUACAUAAAAAACAUAAUUAUAGUCAUAUUUCGAUGAAAUAAAUCGUUCAUAAUGUAA